CUGGGUGUUUAUAGCCUGGGCACAGACAGGACAGGGCCAUUUCAUGAAGCACUUCCUGUUACCAGGUGGGGAACAGCCAGUCAGCAUUAGUUCCUGUGUUUGUGUGGAGAGCAGAGAGCAGCUGGGAAGUAGGAAGUGAGAACUCUCACCAGAGCGUCCGUCUGUCCCUACUGAGACUUACCUGCCCGAGGAGCAGAGGAUCAUGCAGAGAUGGCGGGCAGCCGUGGAGGUGUUCCGGUCAUGCUCCUCGUCCUGGCUGGGCUGACAGUUUCUGGAUCUGGGUCUCAGAUCCUAGAAGGCCCCAAGAAUGCAACAGUGCUGAAGGGCUCCGAGGCUCACUUCAACUGUACCGUGUCUGCGGGCUGGAAGCUCAUCAUGUGGGCUCUCAAAGGCACUGUGGAGCUGAGCAUCACACCCCAGGCUCCCAUCAUCACCAACAACCGCUUCACGUCCGCCAGUUACCAGGACGUGGAUGGCAACUUCGUUUCCGAGAUGAUCAUCCACGACGUGCAGCCCAGUGACUCGGGGCCUGUCCAGUGCAGCAUCCAGAACAGUGACCUGCACGGGACCGCGUUCCUCUCAGUGGAAGUUAUGGGAACCUUGAACAUUCCUGGUAACAGUCUUGUGGUCACUGAGGGUGAGCCUUGUAAUGUCACUUGCUACGUCCUGGACUGGAGCCCACUCCCGGAUAUUUCCUGGGAGGUCAGGGUCCCAGUGAGCCACUCCAGCUAUUUCUCUUUUGUGGAGUCUGGCGACCUUCUGCUGGCUGGGAGUGUCCUGGGUCUCACACCGCUGGGCAAUGGGACACUGACUUGUGUGGCUACUCUGAAGAGCACGCAGGCUGGCAAGUCCCUAACUGUCAAUCUGACUGUGGUCCAGCCUCCAUCCGAUAGCAUUGACCAGUCAGGCUCGGCACUGCCUACCUGGGCCAUCGUUCUGCUUGCCGUCUCCUUUUCUUUGCUCUUGGUCCUGAUAAUUGUUCUGGUGGUAAUUUUCUGCUGCUGCUGUGUCUCCGAGAGAGAGAAAAAAGAGUCUAGUUAUCAAAAUGAAAUAAGAAAAUCUGCAAAUGUGAAGGCCAGCCAAGGAGCUCCUGAGACUAAGUUAAAGAGUGGCAAAGAAAACUACGGCUACAGUUCAGAUGAAGCAAGGACCGCACAGGCGGCUUCUCUCCCUGCUAAGACUGCCGAAUUGAGCCUCCCAGAACAAUGUAGCAGUAGCCCUCCUCAUCAGGAACCCCAUAAACACCAGCCUGGCCCAGCGAGACGUCCGCAAGUCUCCUUCAAUCUCUACAGCCCUCCCAGGGUCAGGAAUGUGACCUUGGUAUAGUGGAGACGUCCGGUGGCUUCACUUUGUGCUCGGCUGAUGAUCAACACCAAGCUGACGUCGUCCUGCCUGUGGCCUCUGAGACUGGGAAGCAGCGUUGUCACCCUUACCUGAAGGGGCCACGUCGGAGCCACCAAUGCUUUAUAGCUACAGGAGGAAUUGCCUUUCCCAGAUUCCCGGAGCUUGGCUUUGUUUCAUGGUGUUGAUGAAAUGAAUCCCUCUGCACGACUGGGCUUCCUUCCUGUUGACCACGCCCAUGUUCUUCACGCGACACUCCUGCUGGUUCGCCCAGCAUGGCAAAGACGUCUGAGCACUUCCAUGACUUUCACGAUAUUUUUAUUGCCCUAGAUCAUACUCCAGUGAUAUUUAUGCAUGUUUCACAACACAUUAUCACUGAGAUGAGAGGAUAAAAUUGGGAUCAAUCAGAGCUGUGAGCUUGACUGGCAAUUCGGAGCUCAGUGAGUUAAAUAAGAUGACACUUAAUUCUGAUAUGCACCAUGUCCCCAAGUAUUUCGUGACUGGAUGCUGUCUGUCCCCUAAGCAGCCUCAUCCUCAUGUCCUGAGAUGAAUAGAUGUGGAUUCUGCCUCAUAGGAGACAAAGUUCAUAGUCUAUUAACAUCAUGAAAUAAUUGGAAAUGACUGAUUUGUUCUUCAAUAAAGAAAAACAAACAACAACAAAA